AUGCCUCCGCGCAAAAGGCCACAGCCCUCUGCGGCCGGUCGACCCCGGCGUCCUUCGGAGGCCGGAAAUCAAUCUGCGACUGACUCUACAAAAAGCAAGCGCCCGUCACAGUCCAACCCUGUUGCUGAGCCUCACCAACAUGCGGAGCCUAGGAAGGUUGAACCAGCUUCGAAUUUCAAGGCUAGGGAUCCAUUCGAUGCGCUUUUGGAGCCAUUUUACUACAAUAAGGGCCUCACAGACCCGAUAGACACGGCCAGGGACAAAUGGAAUCUGCUACCGGCGUUCCUCAAGGUCAAAGGACUGGUGAAACAGCACAUUGACUCCUAUAACUACUUCGUGGAGGUGCAAAUGAAGAAGAUUGUCGAGUCAAGCUCUACAAUUCGAAGUGAUGUGGACCACAAUUUCUACAUCAAGUUCACCGACAUCUACGUUGCCUCACCCCGACGAGCCGACGAGCAAGGUGAUGGUGGAAUUGAUUUCGAAUCCACAAUCACGCCGCAAGAGUGCAGACUACGAGACACUACAUACGCCGCACCCAUUCUCGUUGACUUUGAGUAUGUCCGUGGCCGGCAAAGGGUCAUCCGACGAGCAGUCCCCAUCGGAAGAAUUCCAAUCAUGCUCCGCAGUUCUAAAUGUGUGCUGUCGAAUAAAACGCCUGCUCAGAUGAGUGUCCUCAAUGAAUGUCCUCUUGAUCCCGGUGGUUACUUUGUUGUCAACGGAACGGAAAAGGUCAUCCUUGUACAAGAACAAUUGAGCAAGAACAGAAUUAUUGUCGAAACCGACCCAAAGAAAGAUAUCGUCCAGGCCUCGGUUACCAGGUAUGUUCACGUCAAACCCCUUUGGUUUGCCAUCACUAACAUCCACAGUUCCUCAAACGAGCGCAGACUCUACGUCAAGCACAACGUGCUCAAUGAAGACAUUCCGAUCGUCAUUUUGCUCAAGGCCAUGGGCAUUCACACCGACAAAGAAAUGAUGCAAAUGGUUACUGGUGACGAUGCUCUGUAUCAAGAUGAUUUCGCCAUAAAUUUCGAAGAGGCCAUCAACGUCGAUGUUUACACUCAACAACAAGCCCUGGAAUGGAUGGGCUGUCGUAUCAAGAUCAACCGGAAGCAAGCCGCUUAUCGCAAGACUCACGUGCAAGAGGCAGUUGAGGCCAUUGCGUCUGUCAUUAUCUCUCAUAUCGAGGUCAAGGACAUGAACUUCCGACCCAAGGCCAUCUACGUCGCUCACAUGGCUCGUCGCGUUUUGAUGGCAAAGAGUGACCCGGCCCUGGUGGAUGACCGCGAUUAUCUUGGAAAUAAGCGAUUGGAGCUGGCGGGUCAGAUGUUGGCCCUUCUAUUUGAAGAUCUAUUCAAGAAAUUCUGUUUCGAUAUCAAGAUGAACAUCGACAAAGUCCUGAACAAACGCAAUCGGGCCGAGCAGUUCGAUGCUUGGACUAUCGUUACUAUGCAUGGAAAUCAUAUCACUCAGGGUAUGAACCGAGCCAUCUCUACAGGAAACUGGACCUUGAAGCGUUUCCGCAUGGAGCGUGCGGGUGUCACUCACGUUCUCAGCCGAUUGAGUUACAUUGCGGCUCUCGGUAUGAUGACUCGUAUUAGCAGUCAGUUCGAAAAGACCCGUAAGGUCAGUGGUCCUCGUGCCUUGCAACCGUCCCAGUUCGGAAUGCUGUGCCCUGCAGAUACCCCCGAAGGUGAGGCAUGUGGUUUGGUCAAGAACUUGGCCCUCAUGACGCAUAUCACGACCAACGAUGAAGAAGGACCGGUACGAAACUUGAUAUUCAUGCUCGGCGUCGAGGACAUAUCGAGUGUUGGUGGACAGCAGCUCUAUGCGCGGGGUGCUUACACAAUUUCUAUCAACGGUACACCGACUGGUUUGACUAGACGCCCCAAGUCCUUCCUCAAUGCUUUCCGAAGACUGCGCCGCAUGGGCCGGGUUUCGGAGUUUGUCAGCAUUUACAUCAAUCACCACCAGCGAGCCGUUCAUGUCGCGACCGAUGAUGGACGUAUCUGCAGACCGCUUAUCGUCGUGGAGAAUGGCAAAUCCCUUGUCGGCGUUCAGCAUCUUGAGAAGCUGCGCGAUGGAACAAUGGAGUUCGAUGACUUCCUUGCGCAGGGCCUGGUGGAGUACCUCGACGUGAACGAGGAGAACGACUCCUACAUCGCCAUCUACGAGAAGGACAUCUCAAAUACCCACACCCAUCUUGAGAUUGAACCCUUCACGGUCCUUGGAGCUGUUGCUGGUUUGAUCCCUUAUCCUCACCACAACCAGUCCCCCCGUAACACCUACCAAUGUGCCAUGGGUAAGCAAGCUAUUGGCGCUAUCGCUUCCAAUCAGUUCCAACGAAUUGAUUCCAUUCUUUACCUCAUGGUCUACCCACAAAAGCCUAUGGUCAAAUCACGAACCAUUGAGCUGACAAAGUACGACCAACUCCCUGCGGGUCAGAACGCGACUGUUGCCGUGAUGAGUUAUUCUGGUUACGAUAUUGAGGAUGCUCUGGUCCUGAACAAGGGAUCGGUGGACCGUGGCUUUGGACGUUGCCAGGUCUUCCGCAAAUACGUCACGACGCUGAAGAGUUACCCCAACGGAGCCAAGGAUUCCCUCAAAGGACCAACGUUCGAGAAUGGUGCUCCAAUCCGCAAGCACGCGCUUCUCGAGUCUGAUGGCCUGGCUGCAGUUGGCGAAAUGGUCAAUAACGGCGAAAGCUACAUCAACAAGGUCACGCCCAGGGUACAAAAUUCCAUGGGAUUCACCGGCGCCAGCAUGGGCAGUGGAGAUGUUAUUGAGGCAUCCAUGAACUACAAGCUCCCAGAUCCUUCCUACAUAGACAAGGUUCUGGUAUCUGCCACUGAAGGCGAGACGCAACUCAUUAAGGUCCUGACCCGACAGACCCGUCGCCCCGAGGUCGGCGACAAGUUCUCUUCCCGCCACGGACAGAAAGGUGUUGUUGGAAUCAUUGCAGACCAGGCAGACAUGCCUUUCUCGGAUCAAGGCAUCAACCCUGACAUUAUCAUGAACCCUCACGGUUUCCCCUCUCGAAUGACAGUCGGAAAGAUGCUGGAGUUGGUCGCUGGUAAAGCAGGUGUUCUGUCCGGCCAACACGGCUACGGUACCUGUUUUGGCGGUAGCCCCGUCGAAGAAAUGUCUCAGAUCCUGAUCGACAAAGGUUUCAGCUAUGGCGGCAAGGACUACCUCACUUCCGGUAUCACCGGUGAGGCUCUGCCUUUCUACGUUUUCACCGGUCCCAUCUACUACCAGAAACUGAAGCACAUGGUUCAAGACAAGAUGCACUCACGUGCCAAGGGUCCCACUGCUACUCUUACCCGCCAGCCUACCGAGGGUCGUUCGCGUAACGGAGGUCUGCGUCUCGGUGAGAUGGAACGUGAUUGUUUGAUUGCGUACGGUACUAGUCAACUGCUGCUGGAGCGUCUGAUGAUUUCGUCUGAUCGUCACGAGGUGGAUGUAUGCGAACAGUGUGGUUUCAUGGGUUACUUGAACUGGUGUCCUGGCUGCAAGUCGUCUCGUUCCGUUGUGAAGAUGGUUAUCCCCUAUGCUGCCAAACUUCUCAUUCAAGAACUGAUGAGUAUGAACGUCACGGCUCGUCUGAAGCUUGAUGAUGAGUUCCCCGAGACGAUGGGACGUUAA